AUGCAGUUUUUACAAAUACAUUUUUCAAUUAAUUCUCAACGAAGUAUUAACUAUCGACUUGGUCUUAAUGCAAAUACCAAUCCAAAUCGUUUUUAUACAACUCCAAAUAAACCACGUGCUUUUCAACGUCUUAGUUAUACUAAUCGUCGACGUAUUGAUAGUAAUGGAAAUAAUUCAGGUGCUAAUCGAUAUUUAUUUGGUGGACAAAGUGGUAUGGGUGUACGUCUUCGUGGACAAGGUCGAAUUCGUGGAACACGAACAUUUCGUCCUCGAACACGUGAUUAUUUAAAUAAUAAUACAAUCAGUCGAUAUAGUGGUUAUUUAAUGCGUGGAAAUAAAAAUAAUCGAGGACGACGUAAUGCAAACAAUAAUAAUAAUAAUAAUUUUAAUCGAUCAAAUCGUGGUCGUUUUGGAAAAAAUUUUAAUCGUGGACGUGGUCGAAAUAAUAAUAAUAAUAAUAAUAAUAAUAGAAAUAUUACAAGAGAAAGUCUUGAUACUGAUCUUGAUAAAUAUAUGGCUCAAACAAAAAUUGAAAAUGAUUCAGUUGAUAUGAAUCUUAUUUAA